AUGCCCCGUCUCCGCCAGCCCAAACGGCAUUUCACGACGACACUGGUCGCGCGGAAAGACGACUCCUCUUCUGCGUCGACGCCUCAGUCCACGGUCUACGGAUUCUCAGAAAUCCAGUCCUUGACGACCAACCCGGACCCGAAACGGAUCCUAAUCGACGUGCGCGAACCAGGGGAGGUACAGUCGACGGGGAAGAUCCCGGGCAGUCGCAACCUGCCCGUCACGUCGGCGCCGGACGCGUUCUUCUUGCCGGCGGAAGAGUUUGAGGAGCGGUAUGGAUUCGCGAAACCGGGAGACGGGGAUGAGGCUAUUUUCUACUGUAAGGCCGGAGUCAGGAGUCGGGCGGCCGCGAGGUUGGCGGCGCAGGCAGGGUUUGCUGGGAAGAUUGGGGAGUUUCCGGGGAGUUGGAUCGAGUGGGAGAAGAAUGGGGGAGAAGUGGAACGGGAGAAGUGA